CCGAAACAAAACAUUAUCCUAUCCAAAAUCCACUUGUCCCAUAAGGCGACGCCAUUUCUCUGGCUAGAUUUUGCUUUUCAAUCUCAUGGAUGACAUCCACAUUCUCUUCAAGCAGUCCUCAAGAUUCAAAGAUACUGUUAUUCUCAAACACCAUUUCCAAUUAUUCCCAUUUGAUCAAAAUUAUUUUAACCCUGCAUUGCAAAAACUGUAGCAUUCUUGAUAUCUUUAUCAUGAUGUUGAUUGCGGGAUGAUUGGGACAACAGUCCUUCACCAAACCCAUUUUCUGUUACCACAGGAAAGCCCAGAUGUUAAUCUGAGGUUGAAGGAGCAAGAAUGCUUAACCCUUUUGAGGAGAUGCAUGCACAUGGAAGAAUUCAGGCAAGCUCAUGCCCAAAUCCUCAAGUGGGGAUUCUUUUCCAACUCUUUCUGUGCAAGCAAUCUACUGGCUGCUUGUGCUCUCCCAGAUUGGGGCAGCAUGGACUAUGCAUCUUCAAUUUUUCAACAAAUUGAGGAACCAGGUACUUUUGAAUUCAAUACCAUGAUUAAAGGAUAUGCUAAGGAUUUUAAUAUGGAGAAUUCUUUGUUUGUUUAUUGUGAGAUGCUUGAGAAGGGAGUUCACUCAGAUAAUUUUACCUUUCCUUCUCUUCUGAAGGCAUGUGCCUGGUUGAAGGCAAUAAAGGAAGGUAUGCAAAUUCAUGGGCAUAUUUUUAAGAUUGGACUUGAGAGCGAUUUGUAUGUCCAGAAUAGCUUGAUUAACAUGUAUGGAAAGUGUGGGAAGAUACAACUUUCGUCUGCUGUUUUUGAGCAAGUGGAUCUAAAGGAUGUUGCUUCUUGGAGUGCUAUUAUUGCAGUUCACACUAGUUUUGGCAUGUGGUGUGAGUCCUUAAAGCUUUUUAAGGAGAUGGGUCAUGACAGAUCUUGUAGGCCAGAAGAGAGCUUAUAUGUGAGUAUGCUAUCUGCUUGUAGUCAUUUGGGUGCCCUUGAUUUUGGGAGGUGCUUGCAUGGAAUAUUGCUAAGGAACAUUAGUGAACUCAAUUUAACAGUGCAAACUACUUUGACUGACAUGUAUAUCAACUGUGGAUGUAUAGAAAAAGGGUUGUGCCUCUUCCAAAGAAUGAUAAAAAAGAACAAAUUUUCCUAUAGUGUGAUGAUUUCAGGACUAGCAAUGCACGGGUGCAGUAAGGAGGCUCUAGAGUUUUUCUCUGAAAUGCUUGAGGAAGGAUUGGAGCCCGAUGAUGUUAUCUAUGUGGGUGUGUUGAGUGCUUGUAGUCGUGCUGGCCUUGUUGAGGAAGGUCUGCAGUGUUUCAAUAGAAUGAAGUUUGAGCAUGGAAUAGAACCAACAAUUCAGCAUUAUUGCUGCAUUGUAGAUCUUAUGGGCAGAGCUGGAAUGCUCAAUGAGGCCUUAGAAUUUAUCAGAACCAUGCCUAUCGAUCCAAAUGAUAUCGUGUGGAGAAGCCUUCUUAGUGCUUGCAAAGCUCAUCAUAACUUAAAAAUUGGUGAGAUUGCAACUAAGAGCUUAGUACCAUUGAUUUUGCAUAAUUCGAGUGACUUGCUGAUUUUAUCUCAUAUGUAUGCAAGAGCUAAAAAAUGGGAAGAUUCAGCUAUGGUUCGAACAGAAUUGGCUUGCCAGCACUUACAUCAAACACCUGGAUUUAGUUUAGUUGAGGUGAAGAGGAAAAUUUAUAGGUUUGUUUCACAGGACAUGUCACACCCUGAAAGCGAAGACAUUUACGAGAUGAUUCAUCAGAUGGAAUGGCAGUUGAAGUUUGAAGGCUAUUCUCCAGAUACAUCACAAAUAUUGCUAGAUGUUGAUGAAGAAGAGAAGAGGCAGAGAUUGAAAGCUCAUAGUCAAAAGUUAGCUAUUGCUUUUGCAUUGAUACAUGCAUCUCAGGGGAUUCCCAUUAGAAUUACUAGGAACCUGAGGAUGUGUAAUGACUGCCACACAUACACCAAGUCAAUUUCCAAGAUUUAUACAAGGGAAAUUAUUGUAAGAGAUAGGAAUUAUUUCCACCAUUUCAAAGAUGGAGCAUGCUCUUGCAGAGACUAUUGGUAAACUGAUAAGUCUUCUUAUUUGAAGGGGGAAAUUUCAAUUGAAUAUGCCCUCAAAUAGCUGCUGAUAAUUGAGAUGGACUGGCCUUGUGACCUGCAACUUUUGAUGUUUUCUUCAACCUAACCUUUUGCUCAACUAAUAAUGAUUAAUUAGUUAUUCAUUUAA